AUGGUAUUGCUGGAUGUGUGGAUGAAAAACAUUGAUUACAAUUGUACUUGUUGUGGAGAGGAUGCAAACAUCGAUUCGACAAGACGUAGAAAGAUGUGCGAUAAAUUUCAGCUUUUUCGAACACUUGCUGAAAUCAACGUUGAGACGCUGAAGAAAAUUGUUGCACGUUCAGAUCUGUCACCAUCCGGCGAGCUGUCCGUGUUUAAGGCUGUCUACAAUUGGGCGGAAGCUGAAUGCAAACGACGUAAAAUGGAACCAACGCCACAAAACAGACGUCUGGUUAUGGGUGAUGUCUUCAACGAAAUACGUUUUCCAACGAUGACUGUUGAAGAACUGGGUGAAACAGCAAGCAGCGGUGUGCUGAGUGACGCGGAGAUUGGUAUUCUGUUUCGUUAUGUGACAUCGACCGUACACACAGGCAUAGAUUUGCCGUUUCCAACGCACGAGCGUCGAAUUCUGAGCCGAUCGCGCUAUGUGGUUCGACGUUUCAUGAAUUUGAACAAGAAUAUUUGCAAAAAACAGCGUAGCACCAUUUGGUUCAUUGUGAAUCGCGAAAUACUGGUGACAGCGCUUGGAAUCUAUGGCUUAGUACAGAAUGAAGCGAAUGCGGAGGGCAGCGAAUGGGAAACGACCGUUGAUAUUGAGAAGAUCCGGAUUACGUCGGAUACGUGGGAGCGAUUGAUUGACUGA